AUGUCUCACAGAAAGUACGAAGCUCCACGUCACGGUCAUUUAGGUUUCUUGCCAAGAAAGAGAGCUGCCUCUGUUAGAGGUAGAGUUAAAUCUUUCCCAAAGGAUGACAAAAGCAAGGCUGUUGCCUUAACCUCUUUCUUGGGUUACAAGGCUGGUAUGUCUACUAUUGUCAGAGAUUUGGACAGACCAGGUUCCAAGUUCCACAAGAGAGAAGUUGUUGAAGCUGUCUCUAUUGUUGAUACUCCACCAAUUGUUGUUGUCGGUGUUGUUGGUUACGUUGAAACCCCAAGAGGUUUGAGAUCUUUGACCACUGUUUGGGCUGAACAUUUGUCUGACGAAGUCAAGAGAAGAUUCUACAAGAACUGGUACAAGUCUAAGAAGAAGGCUUUCACCAAGUAUGCUGCCAAAUACGCCCAACAAGAUGGUGCUGCUAUUGACAGAGAAUUAGCUAGAAUCAAGAAGUACUGUUCUGUUGUUAGAGUUUUGGUCCACACACAAGUUAGAAAGACUCCUUUGGCUCAAAAGAAAGCUCAUUUGGCUGAAAUUCAAAUUAACGGUGGUUCUAUUGAAGACAAGGUAAACUGGGCUAAGGAACACUUUGAAAAGACUGUUUCCAUUGACUCCGUUUUUGAACAAAACGAAAUGAUUGAUGUUAUUGCUGUCACCAAGGGUCACGGUUUCGAAGGUGUUACCCACAGAUGGGGUACCAAGAGAUUACCAAGAAAGACCCAUAGAGGUUUGAGAAAGGUUGCUUGUAUUGGUGCUUGGCAUCCAGCCCACGUUAUGUGGUCUGUUGCUAGAGCUGGUCAAAGAGGUUACCACCACAGAACUUCUGUUAACCACAAAGUUUACAGAAUCGGUAAGGGUGAUGACGAAGCCAACGCUUCUACCAACUUUGACAGAACCAAGAAGGCUAUUACUCCAUUAGGUGGUUUCGUUCAUUACGGUAACGUUAACAACGAUUAUGUCAUGCUUAAGGGUUGUAUUCCAGGUUCCAAGAAGAGAGUUGUCACUUUGAGAAAGUCUUUGUACACUCAUACUUCUAGAAAGGCUUUGGAAGAAGUUACCUUGAAAUGGAUUGAUACUGCUUCUAAAUUUGGUAAGGGUAGAUUCCAAACACCAGCUGAAAAGCAUGCCUUUUUGGGUACUUUGAAAAAAGACUUGGAAUAA